UAAGCGUCAACAUGAUUACCAUUCCCUUUGACUAGACGCAAACAGUGAUGUCAGUCAUAGACUUACAUUGGUAGCAAUAGCCCAUCCUCCAUUGGUCAAGAGGCGAUGGACUUAUAGCUACAAAUAGCUGUGUAUUCCUUCCUCUCUGGUUGCUCAAGACAUCAGACAAACCAUAGCUCUCUCAUCCACGACAACUGCAAACAUCAAGCUACAAUUCACCUGUCACAAUAGCCCUUUAACUCUUAACCUAUCUACAUCGAAACCUUUCACAAUGGCAACCGAAGUCUUGAAGGCAACCCCCACUUGCUGUGGCAAGAGUGCUGGAGGCGAAUGUGUCUGCGCCAAGCAAGCCAAAUGCUCUUGCGGACAGAAGUCGGCCCUCGAGUGUACUUGUGAGAAGGCACCCCUAGAGAACACCGUGAGCGGGGCUCGAUGCUCAUGCCGCGCCCGCCCUGCUGGCCAAUGUACCUGCGAGAACUCGGCGACCGAGAACGUCCCUGUCGCCGGCAGCGCCUGUGCGUGCGGUGCCCGUCCUGCUGGCUCGUGUACUUGCGAGCUUGCCGGUUCGAAUCCCAACCCGAACGAGACCGACUUUACCACACAGAAGUAGGGGGCUCCUGACGUGGUGUUACGACAUAUGAUAUUCUGGGCGGCGGUGACGGCGACGGCACUUUCCUUGCUUGGGGAAAUCUGUUAGGGGUUCUAUCAAAUUGCGACGGUCGGAGUCUGG